UCCUCAUUUCACUCGCCCUCUUCGCGAACUUGUACACUUUAAAAAGCAGCUAAACUCUAAGCGAGAUCAUCGAAAGACAAGUACAUUUUCAAGGAGAGGGAUAGAAAGAGUGAGAUGGAAAAAGUCGAGGAGAUUCAACACAAGACAUUGAGAGUGAAUGGGUUAAACAUGCACAUAGCUGAAAUGGGCCAAGGCCCAAUAGUCCUAUUCCUCCAUGGCUUUCCCGAACUAUGGUACUCGUGGCGCCACCAAAUGCCGUUCGUGGCAGCCCACGGCUACCGAGCGGUAGCCCUGGACCUCCGCGGGUUCGGGGACACCACCGGAGCACCCGAAGAUGACUUCACCAAGUUCACCACCCUCCAUGUUGUUGGUGACAUUGUGGAACUUCUUAAUAUCAUUGCCCCUGACCAAGAGAAAGUGUUUGUAGUGGGCCAUGAUUGGGGAGCUAUGAUUGCUUGGGCUUUGUGUUUCUAUAGGCCCGAUAAGGUCAACGCCCUUGUUAACAUGACUGUUCCUUUCGCUCCACGAAACCCAAUUAUUAGGCCCAUUGCUCGUCUACGUGCUACUUAUGGAGAUGAGUACUAUAUUAUCAGAUUCCAGGAGCCUGGAGAAAUAGAAGAAGAAUUUGCUAAAAUAGGGACCAAGACAGUUUUGGAGAAGCUAUUGACUAACCGAAAUCCUGAACCACUGAUGUUGCCUAAAGGAAAGCCAUUUGAUGAAAGUCCAGUCAAAUUACCCCCUUGGCUGACUGAAAAAGAUGUUGAUUACUAUGCUAGCAAAUAUCAACAGACUGGCUUCACUGGUGGAUUGAAUUAUUACAGAGCACUUGAUCUAAACUGGGAACUGACAGCACCAUGGACUGGGGCUAAAGUAAAAGUACCAGUGAAGUUCAUAGUGGGAGAUUUGGACAUAACUUAUAAUGCAGCAGGAGUCAAAGAUUAUAUACACAAGGGUGGGUUUAAGAAAGAUGUACCUUUGCUAGAAGAUGUGGUUAUAUUCAAAGGAGUAGCUCAUUUUCUUCCACAAGAAAAACCUGAUGAAGUUAACAAACAAAUCCUUGACUUCUUACAGGGAUUUUCUUCCUCUGAUCAAAGGUUCUGCACUUUGAAAUUUCUUUGGAGCUCCAUAACAAGUUAGAUAAAGCAGAAAAUGGAGUUGUACAGGAGCCUUUGAUAUGCUUUAAUACAUUCUUGUAACUACCUCAUGUAUUCCUUUCUAAUUAUCAUUAAACCUUAAAUAAAUUUGGUGCCCAUUCAGAAACCUUUUUUCUUUUCAACCAGGACCUAAAAGGCAGGACAAAGAAGAAACCAUAUAGAUAAUACUUCGACUGAUAACAAUAUGAACACUAAAGCAAAGACCUUAAACUUGAGAAUGAGGGAAGAGAAAUAAUCAGAAAGCUAUACUGUUGAUUAGGCUCUGAUAUAAUCAGGUAUACAACUAGCAGCUGAGUACUAAUAAACCUUAAUCAAAAUGAACUGAAUACUAUAUAGUAGAAAUUUUUAAUGGCAUUUACCUAAGAGAUUUAUCACCUAAAAAGGGUACAACAAAGCAUUCAUCUGAAAAACAAAGUCGAGCAUCAUGCUAUUUCACCUUGUAAUUUUUCGGAAAACAUACAAGUAGCUCUAAAUGUUUAAUGUGUGUUUUUAUUAUUGUACAACAUAUCCGGGAUGUCUUAAAACAAAGAAGUGGUUCAAGCAUUCAACAAAUGAAAAAAGAAGCUAACUUUUGGCGAAUCAUUGUUGUUUUGCUCCUGGGCGCCUUCCAACAUCAAAGUGAACAUCCAGGAGACCCGUUAUG